UUUGCCAAUUUUAUUCCCCCUCCCCAAGCAAUCCCAAGAACAAGACACGGCAAUAAGAAAAACCUCAGUAUGUGUCUAAAGCCCUAAACCCCAUUCACCCGGCAGAGAAAAUUGUCUUCCAAAAUAAUUGAGAUGGAUCACAUAGCUGCAGUUGAAGAGAGAAUUGUGAGUGAAAGAAUAACACAGAAAAUCAACCAAGUUAAUACAGCUGCCCAGACACAACUCUCUGGCGUCCAAGACCAUAUCUUCUUUACCCUUCAGCAAGCGUACUUCAAAUGUGCUCACGAGUGCUUUGAUAGGACGAAGAAAAAAGAGGAGAUAGAGAAUUGUGUGGAGUAUUGCAGUGUUCCUGUUCUUAAUGCUCAGAAUUUUGUUGAGAAUGAAAUGGCCAAUUUUCAGGAAAAGAUGAACAGGUCUCUAAUGGUCUGCCAGGACAAGUUUAAGACAGCUACACAACAGAAGAACAAAAGUGAUGCCAUAAAGGAUAUGGAAUCAUGCGUAGACCAGUCAGUUCAAGAAAGCUUAAAUUCAUUGCCACAUCUGGUUGGUAAAUUCAAGGUUUCUCUCGGAAUUACUGAUUAGAGAAUUUAGGUCGCCAUUUGGUUGAACAUGUAGAUCCUUUUGUUCCUAGUCAUAUUUAGUUGAUUUUAGCUAAUAGAAGCAAAGUCCAAAAGGGCGAAUUAGUAGAACUCCAUUCAGUUAGGCAAACCAUAAUUUCGACCUUAUAUCGUGCUUCUGAAAGUGUUAUACUUGUACCUAUCGAAAAGCUUAUGUUCAAUUCAGAAAUGUCAUUCUUUCUCCA